AACGCUCAUAACACUGCAGUUAUUUCGAAUGGAGAUGCACAUUUUAACCACAACCCUUAAGCAAGCGGCCAAUGAAGAGCAGCAGCAACAGCACCACCAACAUGCUGUCAACAUCCGCUGCGCAUACCGUUCGUUUUGCAAGCAGUUUUACGCUAACAUUCGGCGCCACACGGAACUAUUGCAAUCCAUUGCCUCGUUUUCGAAAGUGUUUAGCCCUAUCAGUGUGGUGCUGUACUAUGGAGCUCUCAUUACAAUAACAUGCACAUGCUUUUACGUAAUGAAGCAUGACGUUUCUACAACCACAGUCUGCUAUGCAGGAUUUGCAGUUUAUAUGCUAUUCAAUACGCUACUGUUUUGCAAAAGCAUCGAUAGUGUUAAUGAUCUGCACACGGAGGUGGGAUACAUUAUGUACAGCGAGUACUGGCCAGCGACGCUACAGUAUGCGGACCAGGGCUUGUCAACCGAAACACUGCGACCCUUGCGCCGCAGUAUAUUGAUCGUUUUGCAGCAAACUUUGCGACCGCUCCGAUUCGGUUACGGCGUGUCCGGUUCCCUUUCGAUGCAAAGAUUCGGAGAAUUCAUGCAACAAAUUUACUCACUGAUAAUGUUUCUAGCUCAGCUUAAUUAGAACAAUAGUUUUUGACAUUAUCGUUAGUCACGUAGGAGUUACCAAGUGUGCAGUGUUCUUCAUUCUUAUAAGAAAACACAUCGUGUGUCGGCAAUGUUAGUUUCACUGAAGACUCUGUUUGUUUGUUUUUUCCCUGUUGGACACCGUGUUCCUUGCGUUUGAUGUAUUAUUCGUAACAACUAUGCCAAUUAUCUGCUGUUAAUUAUCGUACGUAUAGAACAACAUUUUGUCACCUGCAAAUACUGGUUCUUGUCUCCAGUUUGUCAUCGAUUCUAGUCGUAUCAACACGCAUUUACUACUGCACACUAUGUGGCAUCACCUGGUGCAUUUGUGGUUUCAGUUUCUACUUGGACGAUUCAUCACAUUCACCGACAGUUCAGACUACUUCGGUCUGUACAAAACGCUGGCCACAAUAUCGGCCAUUCACUACGAUGCGUCCUGCUGGUUCGAUCGAGCGAUCUGGAUCGUCUACCGAUCGCUGCCAAUUUUGGUGAACAUCUCCUACUUCUACAAAGCCUAUCGGCUCAUGCUGUUUCCCGAAGACAACACCUCAGCCGCCAGCGUUAUCGCAUCAGUGUGGGGCUUUACCGAGGGAACGCUACGCAUUUGUCUCAUAGAGCUGCGGUAUGGCACGCUGGCUAGCAUAAUGUCCUUCCUGAACGAGCGAUCGUACCGGCAGCAAGAUUCGCUGGUGCGUCAGCAACGUGCCACCCUGUUCGGCGAGAACAACCGCAUCCAGCUCAUUCUUGUCGCCACGAUGCUGAUGGAAGCGAUCUGGUUCAUGACGACGCAGCUCUUCAGCCGGGAUGCCUUUAUGCUGCAAGUGAACGGACACGUGGUGGACAGCAUAGCGGUUCAAAUUCUUUACGGUCUGCUGUCGAACGUGUGGGGCCUAAUCUAUGUGCUUUCCUUUGCCAUAUUCUACAUCAUCAUGAACACUCUGCAUCUGGAAAUGAGCAUUCUGCUGGACGGCAUUACAAAUGUACAGUUCACGGUUAUGCGACGGUUGAAGCAACGAAUGGAAACGCUAGCUGCAUCCGGACAUUCCUCAACUAUAGAACAGCAAGUUUUCUGGAGCAUUCUACAGCCAGAGCUGAACAGCCACAUCUCACGGCACGUUGAUCUACUUGACAACCUCAAAGAGUUCAGCUCUAUUUUGGGCCCAUUUUCCUUCGUACAGUACUAUGGUACCUUUGCGCUGAUUGCCGACUGUGGAUUCAUCCUUUCCAUAGAGGGUCUGUCGGCAAACGGUAUGAUCUAUCUGCUGUUCGUUACCGUAUUAGUGUUUCAAUCGUUCAUCCUUUGUCGCGGAAUCGAGAAGUUAAAUGAUCUGGUAAGAAACUGCAAUGAUAUGAUUGCUUUUUUAACGAACCAGAGUUAUUUCUUAUUGCUUCACCAACUCCAGAACGAAGCCAUUGGACAAGCCCUGUACAGCGGGUUUGACUGGCCCGACAUGCUUCAGUACGAUCAUCGCUUUCGCCGCCAGUACGUAACCGCGCGGCAUACGUUAAUGAUCGUUAUUGGCCGCUCCCAGAAAGGAUUCCAGUGUUCGUACGGAGGUCUCGGCAGCAUCUCUAUGGAACGCUUCGCUCAGCUCAUGCAGAAAAGCUACUCGUUGUUAACGAUUUUACUACAGUUCGCCAAGUAAAAGCUACAAACAUGGGAACGCAUCCAACCACAACAACUAGAACAAAUCACUAUGCUGCACUAUACAUCCAAACACAUCUGUUAGUAAUCGUUGCUAGCGUUGGUGCACAAAGCAAAGCACACGCUUCGAGAUUCGUACGUUCUUCAAAUAUUUUCAGAACCUAACCUAUAGGUAAUUGGUGACCAAUCUCACUGUACUACUACAUCACACUGCCCACAUUGCAUUAGUUGCUGGUUUAUACAAAUACAGCUGAUACUGAUACACGUUUACUUUCAUGCUAGCCAGCUCAAGCCGGCCC